AUGCAAGGCUGCCCUCCCUUCCACAUCGCUCGGUGCUUGAGCCGCGUUCUUCACAUCACUUACUACGCCACCAAACCCCGGCGGGGUCUCGACCCCUCUUCCGUAUAUGUCUUCCACCCAUUAGACGAAGCCGAGCGCACCGAGUUCUUCACGCUCGUCGGAAACGCGCGUCCGGUCGCGCUCACGCUCGAGGUCGCCGUCGGAACGCUGCUGCCGAGCUCGCUGUUGGAGUUCUUCGCGCCCCCAGAGCCGCCCACUUGGCUCGUCCCCGCGCUCUGGCGCGCGCUGCCGCCGGAGUCGGCGUCAGGCAUCCGCUCGCUCGAGCUCACCCUGAACUGCGUCGACACGGCCGACAUCGCCUCAUUGGUGAGUCGCCGACACGCCCCCCUCGCGCCCCCACCCCGCUCACCCGCGUCCCACCUCGCCCGGCACGCACGCGUGCGGCAGGAGCGCGACGUCCCCCGCGCGCUCGCCGCGCUCCCCAACCUCGUCCACGUCGGGAUCACCCUGCCCCCGCACGCGCGCACCGAACACUACUUCGGCGACCACCCCAUCCACCUCCACGCGGCGCCGCUCCCGCUCGAGAGCGCGCUCGAGCGGGAGGUCUGCCGCAUCGACGUGCUGCAGCAGCUGCGGCGGCGCCUCCCGGAGGCGCUCCCGCGCCUGCGCGUGCUGAUGCUCGCGCACGCCGCGCCCGUCGUCGGCCGGACCACGGGCGGCACCGGGGAGAGCUGGACGUCGGAGGUGCUGCUCAAGCGGCUGUUCGCCCUCACUGAUGGGUGGGCGGCGGAGCGGCGGUGGUGGCGGGUCGAGCGGACGGCGGGAGACAGGAACGCGCCGGUCUUGGAGGAGAUUUGGGAGGACUACGGGGAGUGGGCGCGGGAGAUCGUGAGGGGCGAGGAGUUUGGGACGGGCGCGGCUCUGGACGCUUUCUUUGCAAAGAUGCAACCCAAGUGA